AUUGUGAAGAACAGUGCAGAUAGAUUGUAUGUGAUGGUGCUGCCGAGCAUGUAUCCGAAAACACCUACAGCUAGAGACAAUCUGAGAAUUUAUAACGGAACGCGUUUAUUUUCAAAGACGUACUGCGAACACGACUGACAGAAACGAAAAACCUGCUGUUGAUUUCGCUGGAAAAUAUGCUUUACUAGGGAGGAAGGGCUGAUACUACAUUCAGAUUGAUAUGUUUACAUAUUUGUUUCAAGUACAAUGCAUGUGCACAUUGAAAUGGUUUGAUAGAUUUCUGUUUUUAUUUUGUGUAUCUUCUAAACGCCUUGUCGUGGAAGCUGCGCGUAAUACUAUUGAAACACCGUGUCCCCAUUGAGAGCCUCAAGGACAGGUGCGUCACGACGCUGCUGGUAACAGCAUUAUGGAUGGGAGUCUGGAAAGAUGGAGGGUGUAUGCAGUGCGGGAGACAGCAUGGACCCGCGCUGGGGGCUGUGGGUGUCUGGAGUGAGGGAUGGCGGACGGGGAGAGCGUUCCACAGGGGGAGGCCCCGGACCACACCCCCCCUUAUAUGAUCUUCCUCCUGGUCCUGUUCUUCUUCCUCACCGGCCUGCUGGGCUUCCUCAUCUGCCAUGUCCUGAAGAAGAAGGGGUACCGCUGCCGGACAGGGGAGCUUGAGGAGGAGGAGAGCGAGGGCAAGCUGACCCGAGAGGACACCGAGGAUUGUGUUCCAGAUGAUCAGGCAGAGGACCAGGACACAGUGGAGCAGAUAGUGAAGUGCAUCAUUGAGAAUGAAGCGAAUGCAGAAGCCCUGAAGGAGAUGCUGGUGAACCAGGAGCCAGUGGAGCGGACGGACCCACGGUUUCCUCGGCAGGACAGUGCUGGCAGCUUACCGCCCCAUCACCACACGGUGCACUCCGGCAGUGACCGCACAGCCUGUCACCACUGCAAGCAGAGCCAGGCCAAGAGAGCGCGGGGGCGAGCGAGGGCCCCCCGGGGCAAGACCCGCCCCAGAGAGACCACUGUCUUCUCAGUGGGGAGGUUCAGGGUGAUCCACGUUGGGAAAAAGUCUGGCAAUCAGGAGAAGACCGGCCAAUCAGAACAAGCCGAGGGUGACACCCUGCAGAAGGACGACAAAGUCGGCCAAUCAGAGACAGAGCUGCAUGAGAGGUGCAGCCUUCGAGAAAUGUUCAAAGACACACCCACUGACGACACAAAUGGUGUGGUCCAGAGAGGGACUGAGCCAAUGGGUGCGGAAGACAGCCUAGAGACGGGAGGAGGCAAUGAUGGGGAAUCCCAUGUGGAGGGGCUAAAGAAUGGCACAGUCCAAACAGAGAGCACAGAUAAAGGCACAUCACAAACAGACAGCACCCAUAAUGGGACAGCCCAAACCAAGGACACUAAUAAUGGCACAGUUCAAAAAGACCACCCCAAUAAAGGCACAGCUCAAACCAAGGACACUGAUAAUGGCACUGCCCAAACAGAGCACGUUGGUGGUGAUGGUGCAGCACGACGCAAGAGCCCUCAUCAUGGCACAGUUGUGAUUGGCGGACCAGCCCGCAGGGAGUUCCGUUACAGCAGAGUCCAAACGGAGGACGAGGAGAUGGCACAGACGGAGGAUUCGAAAGACGACAUGGUUCAGAUGGAGGACAUUAAAGACUGUAAGGUGAGCCAGGAGGAAGGGGGGGAGGAGCCCCAGCGAGGCCAGUGUGUGGAGACAAACAACCGCAAGAGGGGCUCCGCCCACACCCCGCACAAGUGGUGAGGACCCCGGGGGUUCAGACUGCCUCCCUGUCCGUCAGAGGAAGGCAGCCCCAGCACUUCACGGGAAUCCUCCAUUCACAAUCUGCAGUCCAGAUGCAGAUAUUUCAUCAUGUAGAUGGAAGUGACUGUUUCAGACAAUCCUGUAGGUGCUGCCUUGACUCUGUAUCCGUGAGGUACCCAGAAAAUAAACCCAAAACAAAACAAACAUCCAAUCAGGGGCUGCUGUGACCCCAGCUUCUCCACCUCACUGCAGCGCUGGUCUGAGAUCAUUACCCCUGUGCCUCCCCUCUGUGAUCAACAGACAACCAGGGCAUCCCCCCAGCCCCCCUCUUAGAAGACCCUGUGAAUCAGCUAGCUGUUUGUACUGAGCUUGCUGUUUUAAUGGAUUAGUGGGCCGCACUGUCUCUCUGGAGUCAGUGGCUCUGAUACUCUCAGUAUAGUGCUGAGAGCUCUCCGAGGAGGCAGUGUGCUUAUCUGUUUACUGACAGGACCAGUAUACAUCCCCUGUGCUUUACCGGAGGCUCCCAUUCCUGCAGCUGGCCUGGCACUGAGUGAAUCACAGUGCCAGCCUGUCUGCUGUACCUGCCAUGUGGGUGCAUUGUUAACGCUCCCUGGUCCCUUUGCUUUCAACAAUAACAAAAUGCAGCAGCUGUGAACCACGCUGUCUGGAUUUCAAGGUUUAAGCCAAGUCAGCUGAACAAUGAAAGCUGAAAACCACGUAGCGUCUGUACUGUAUCUGUCACUGUGGAUAACGAACAAAGAGCCCUGCACACCUGCCCUGGAUUUACUGUGUUUGUGAAAGAACAUCGCCAUCGUCCCCUGCUGUGUAUGUUCAAUAUUACAUGGGCUGCACCUGCACUGCAGAGCUGAGCUGCACUGACAGCCCUGUGUGGGUCUCAGCUCAGGAGCUCUGUCAGUCUGGGAGAGCUUCGCUUUCUUACCAUGUGUCUGGUCCUUCGCAUUGCUGUGCACAUGUGCAAUGGGUUACCUGGGAUUAGAUAGGGUUUUAUAAGUCACUGAUGGCUGGUUUCACAGCCCCAGAUUAGCACUAAACUUGAACUGCUAUACCUAAAGAACAAUCAAGGUUCUCAAGAUUAGUGCUAAGAGGGGUCUAUGGAACCAGGAGUAAAUCAUUUAGACAGGUCCGUUAAUCCAGGAACGACAGCUCACUCCCAGACCAGGGCUGCCCGCCCUCUGUCUGCCCUUAAUAAUGUUUUAGAGGGAUUUAGAAAGAGAACAAAGAGUCGAGCUUGAUGAAAAGAGACAUAGGAGGCUUUGAAGGAACAGCUUUUUAACUUCCAUUCCCCCUCAGCUCCGACCGUGCGGUCAAGCUGCUCCCGUCGCGUUCCCCCUCGGCUCCGACCGUGCGGUCAAGCUGCUCCCGUCGCGUUCCCCCUCGGCCCCGACCGUGCGGUCAAGCUGCUCCCGUCGCGUUCCCCCUCGGCUCCGACCGUGCGGUCAAGCUGCUCCCGUCGCGUUCCCCCUCGG